GUCGGAGCAUCUUUUUUGCAGCAACAUCAGCCCACUUUCCCCCCUGCAACCAAAUGAUGGCAAAACCUGCAGGGCAAUUCACAGGACGUGUUCAGGGUUGAACCAUGUGGUGAGGAGCGGUAUGCCAUGCAGAGGAGACACAGCAGCAACACGGAUGGCAUGCCCUCUGACAGGAGCCGAAGCCAAACUUUGGGAUCAGAGAGCAGUCUGGAUGAGGGUGGCGUGUUCGACUGCCUGAAGCCCGACUCUCCCGCUUCACCCCAGCAGAUGUUCUCAGGCCUGGUAGGUGUCCCCUCCAGCUCGGUCUCCUCUGCCCAGUUCCAGGCAGCUGGCUUAGUUCUGGGCUCUCCCCCUGAAGUUUUUAUCCAGAUGACCGCAUCGUCCAGGGAAGAAGGUGGCCCUCAUCGUACAGAGGGUGGACCUUUUCUUCCUCGACCGCCCCCGCACCACCACCACCAUCAUCAACAUCACCACCACUUCCACCACCAGCCCCUUCAGCACAGGACCUCCUCACUGCUCCAGCAGGCCACCACCGGGGCCGCCUCAGAGAGGCACAGCUCCAGGGAGGAGACCCAGGAGGACCCGUCAAACCCUGCUCCGGCCCUGUCUGAGUUAAAGGCAGUGGUAACGUGGCUGCAGAGAGGCUUCCCCUUCAUCCUCAUUCUGCUGGCUAAAGUCUGCUUUCAGCAUAAGCUAGGGAUUGCUGUGUGUGUUGGCAUGGCCAGCACAUUUGCCUAUGCCAAUUCAACAUUGAGGCACCAGGUUUCGCUACGGGAGGAACGUUCUGUAUUUGUUGCUCUGUGGAUCCUCAUGUUCCUCACAGGGAACAUAGUUUACAUUUACUUUACGUUUAGUCAAGAGGAGCUACACAACAGCCUCAUGUUUGCCAAGCCCAACCUUAACAGCUUUGACUUCUUCGAUCUGAUCUGGGCCGUGGGCAUCACUGACUUUGUCCUGAAGUACUUCACCAUCGGCCUGAAAUGUUUGGUUCUCUUUCUUCCCAAGAUUCUCCUUGCCUUCAAAUCCAGGGGAAAGUUCUACCUGCUGAUCGAGGAGCUGAGCCAGCUGUUCAGGGCCCUGGUGCCUAUCCAGCUGUGGUACAAGUACAUCAUGGGAGAAGACCCGUCCAACAGUUACUUCCUGGGAGCCACUCUAAUCAUUAUCUACAGCCUUUGCAAGUCCUUUGACAUCUGUGGACGUGUAUCCGCCAUACGAAAGGCCUUGGUCAUGCUCUGCAGCUCCCAGAGUUAUGGAGUCAGAGCAGGCAGUCAGCAGUGCAGCGAAGCAGGGGAUGUUUGUGCAAUCUGUCAGGCUGAUUUCAGAGAACCCAUCGCCCUACUCUGUCAGCAUGUUUUCUGCGAGGAGUGCCUGUGUUUGUGGUUCGACCGGGAGAGAACAUGCCCGCUGUGCCGCUCCACCGUCGUUGAGACCCUGAGAUGCUGGAAAGACGGCACAACCUCGGCUCACUUCCAGAUCUACUAAGCUUUGACAACAAAUCAUCAGACAAAGAAAGAUGUGAUGUGAUUAAUGCUGGUUAUAUGUAUCUUUGAUUAUUUAUUCCGGUUUAUCUUUGUUUGGUAACUCAAUAAGGUUAAGCAUAAUUAUGCAGAGGCUUUUCAAACGAUUAGAAGAGAAAAAACGAAUCACAUUAUUUUUCUCUGUGGACAAAUGGAGCAUUAUUUAAGGUCUCAUUCACAGCCUUAUUAUCAGCAUGGUAUUAGUUUGAAUAGGAAACAUAAAUCUGGACUAAAGUCAGUUUAACUAUUAGAUUCUUGUCACACAGUCAUGCCAACAGUCACAUUUUGUUUACCUGUAGACUUAGCCGCUGUUGUAAACUGUGAUUGUCAUUCACAGGAAACAUUCUAAGACAAAGUUACUUAAAGCGAGUUUAUGAUCAAAUGCUGACCGCAUUCACUCUCCUUGAAGUAAAUGCCGUACUUUGUAUGAUAUUAUUUAUGGUAUUUUCAUGGUUGUGUAUAUAAUCUUUUUUUUUUUUCAAUGAGUAUUGAACAUUUUUUUUGUUUAUUAUGUGUUUGAAAAUGGGUUACUCUUACGUUGAUCAAACAAAAUAUCAGGAAGUCAAAAAAAUCCGUCCAAACAAAUCGUUUAGUAAUUAAUAAUGUGAUUUAAAUAUUGAGUGAUAAAAGUGAGUUGGUGUGUAACUUUUGAUCAUCCAUUCUGUAAACAGCACAUCCUGUUAUAAUGUUUAUUGUGAGAUCCAGGCACCACAAGCAAAACCCAUUUUGUAGUUUUGUAUCAUGACUGGUGCAGAAAUUGAAGUUAGUUUUGCCUGUGCGUACAUUUGCUUAUCUUCAAUUAUGCAAGAUGUGUUAAAUUUGUUUCCUAUUAAGGGCAUCAUGAAUUAUUUCUUUUAGAAUUAUUUCAUUUUGGGUUGCAUACUAAUAAAGAACGACUUCAAAGUGCA